CCUCCACUUCCGCUGGGUCACAGUUGUCCCCACUCUCUCCCCCUAAAAGCUCCGAAGGCCGCUCCCUUCUCCAGUGCUGCACGUCCGCCCGCACUCGGUGGGUCAGACCAGCGACAUGGACGGUUGUGUAGGGGAGGAAUCUUUCCAGCUGUGGGAGCUCAAUCGCCGCCUGGAGGCCUACCUGACCAGAGUAAAGACGCUGGAGGAGCAGAACCAGCUGCUCAGCGCGGAGCUUGGGGGACUCCGGGCGCAGUCCGGGGAUGCCUCCUGGCGGGCCCGAGCCGACGACGAGCUGGCAGCGCUGCGGGUCCUCGUCGAUCAGCGCUGGCGGGAGAAGCACGAGGCCGAGAUGCAGCGCGACAACCUGGCUGAAGAGCUGGAGGGCGUGACGGGCCGGUGCCAGCAGGUGCGGCUCGCCCGGGACCGGACCAGCGAGGAGGUCGCCUGCAGCCGGCGUGCGCUCGAGGCGGAGAAGAGUGCGCAGGGCUGGUUGAGCACCCGGGUUGCGGAGCUGGAGCGAGAGUUAGAGGCUGUGCGGGCGGCGCACGAGGAAGAGCGCGCGCACCUGAACGCGCAGGCUGCCUGUGCGCCACUCCGGCUCGCCGCGCCGCCCCACGGACCGCCCGCUCGGGCCCCCGAGGUGGAGGAGCUGGCCAGACGGCUAGGCGAAGCGUGGCGCGGGGCGGUGCGCGACUACCAGGAACGCGUGGCUCACAUGGAAAGCUCCCUGGGCCAAGCCCGCGAGCGACUGGCCCGAGCCAUGCAGGGUGCUCGAGAGGGUCGCCUUGAGCUGCUGCAGCUGCAGGCUGAACGCGACGGCCUUCAGGAGCGCAGAGAGGCUCUGGAACAGAGGUUGGAGGGCCGCUGGCAGGACCGGCUGCAAGCCACUGAAAAGUUACAGCUGGCUGUGGAUGCCCUGGAGCAGGAGAAGCAGGGCCUACAGAGCCAAAUUGCUCAGAUCCUGGAAGGUGGGCAGCAACUGGCACACCUCAAGAUGUCACUUAGUCUGGAGGUGGCUACAUACAGGACUCUGCUGGAGGCUGAGAAUUCCCGGUUGCAAACACCUGCCCGAAGUUCCCAGGCUUCCCGUGGCUUUCACGACCCCAAGCUGAAGCUGCAUUUCCUUGGGACACCAGAGGAUCAGCACCUGGGAUCUGUGCUCCCUGUCCUCAGUCCGACACCCCUCCCUUCCCCUAUGCCCAGUACCCUUGAGACGCCAGUGACAGCCUUUCUGAAGACCCAGGAAUUCCUUCAGGCCCAAACCCCCACCUUGGCCAGCACACCCAUCCCACCCAUGCCUGAGGCUCCCUGUCCUAUAAAAGCAGAAGUCAGAGCCCAGGAUGCCCCUCUUUCCCUGCUCCAGACACAGGGUGGGAGGCAACAGGGUCCAGAGCUUCUCUGGACCGAAGCCACAGUGUCUGUUUCCACCAGUGAGGAGCCUGGGGGCAAGCAGCUCAGUCACUUACCCAAGGAUCUGACCUCCUCAGCCCACCCUGUGUUAGAGACUAAAGAUGAAGAAUCCAGUGAGUCUAGAGUGUCUAGCAUAUUCCAGGAAGAUGAAGGGCAAAUCUGGGAGCUAGUAGAGAAAGAAGCUGCCAUAGAGGUAAAAGGAGAGCGUAGCUCGGCUCAGGAGACACAAGAAGAUGGUCUGGACAUGGAAGAAAUCCAGGAUUCCCAGGGUCCUUUGCAAAAGGAAACCCUAGAGGCUCCAGAAGAGGAGCCACUGAUGUCUCUGAAAAUCCAGAACCACGAGACACCAGGGAAGGAGAAUUGCAAUUCUCUGAGGUCUAUAGACCAGACCCUGGGAACUCUAAAAAGCUCAGAAGAAAAACAAACACUGCUGAAGUCUUUAGAAGAAAAGGAUGUAGAGUCAUUGAAAACUCUAGAAAGGGGGCUUCCUGAGCUGUCUAAGCCUUUAGGAAAAGAAGACCCAGGAAUUGAGGAUGAUCAAGAAUUAAUAUCUCCUGAAGGUACACUAGAGACGGUUUCAUCUAUAGGAAAAGAAAAUCAAGAAGUAGUGAGAUCUUCAGAAGAGAACUUAGAGCCAUCGACAGCUUUUGAAAAGAAAAGCCAUUAUCCACUGGGAUGUCCAGAAGAAGAGAACCAGAUAGUUGAGAGGCUAAUAGAAAAAGAGGGUCAGGAGUCCCUGAGGUCUCUGGAAGAGGAGGACCAGGAGACCUAUAGAUGUCUGGAGAAAGAGAAUGGGGAGCUGUUAAAGUCUGUAGAAAAAGAGGACCAGUUGGUUGAGAGGCUGAUAGAAAAGGAGGGUCAGGAGUCCCUGAGGUCUCUGGAAGAGGAGGACCAGAGUAUUGUGAAGCCUCUAGAAACAGAGAAUCAGGAAUCUCUGAGGUCUCUUGAUGAAAUCCAGGAGACCAUUAUACCACCAGGAAGCAAGAAUCAGAAGCAACUGAAAUCUCUAGAAAUAGAAGAGGAGCAGAGAAUUGUGAAACCUCUAGUAAAAGAAGUGGAGCUCCUGAGGUCUCUCGAAGACAAUGACCAGAUGACUGGGAGCCUGGUACAGAAUGAGACACAGGAGUCCCUGAGGUCUCAUAAAGACAGAGACCAGGAGACCCAGGAUCCACAGAGGUCUCUAGAAGAAGAGGACCAGAUGACUGGGGGCCUGUUCCAAAAUGAGAUUCAGGAGUCCCUGAGGUCUCAUAAAGACAGAGACCAGGAGACCCAGGAUCCACAGAGGUCUCUAGAAGAAGAGGACCAGAUGACUGGGGGCCUGUUCCAAAACGAGAUUCAGGAGUCCCUGAGGUCUCAUAAAGACAGAGACCAGGAGACCCAGGACCCACAGAGGUCUCUAGAAGAAGAGGGCCAGGGGAUUGUGAACUAUCUAGAAAAAGAAGAUCAGGAGUUCCUGUGGUCUUUAGAAGAGCAGAUGGUCAAGCAAUCUCUAGAAAGGGAGAGCCAUAAACCACUGAGUUCUGUUGAACAAAAGGACUGGGUGACUGAGAACCUAGACACAGAGAGUCAGGACUCGGGGAAGUCUUUUGAAGAGGAGAACCAGCAGAUCUUUAGAUCUCUGGGAAAAGAGACUCCAGAGUCCCUGCAGUCUCCUGAAGAGUGGGACCAAGAGAUACAGAGAUCUCUUCAACAAGAGACUGGACAGAUAGUGAGGGAUGUAGGGGAUGAGCAGCUGGCGGUGAGACAACCGGAGUUAGAGACGCCUUUUGGAAGACAGAGCCCAGUGUCACUGGAAGGAAGAGCGGAGACAGUGAAGUCUUCAGACACAGAGAACACAGAACCACUGAAGAGUGCUGAGGCGGGCCUGCAGACAGUGAACGCUGUGCAAGUGCAGGAGCCGUUGUGGUCUCCAGAAAUUCAGGAAUCACUGGGGUAUGUGUAUGGGAACCAAGAGACCCUGAGACCCCUUGAAAGGGAGAAUCAAGAAUUGAGAUCUCUGGGCAAGUGGAACCUAGAGACUGUGGACUCUCUAGAAGGGAUGGGGGCGGCUGGGCAGCAGCUGGAAGCAGAAGGCUGCCUAGAUAGGAAUGAGCAGCAAGAAUCAGCGAGGUCUCUGGCAGAGGUGGGGCAGGAGCUGCCUGGCUCUGAAAAGCGACAGAGGUGGGAGGACGUGGUGGAGGACGGAGCAGUGAAUCAGGACCCAGUCCUAUGGAGGACAGGCGUGGAAAGCAAGGAAGAGGCAGAGCCGCCCCUGACUGGGCAAAGUGGGAAGGAAGAAGCUGCUGAGGACAGGGAGCUGCAGCUACAAGUCACAGGGGAAGCCUGUAGCCUGGGGAGCUCUGAGCCCAAGGAGCAGAGGGUCCCCAGUGAGGAAGACAGCAGGAAGGGGAGCGCUGAGGCCUUCCAGGACAUGGAGGGACCACCAGAGCAGGUGGAGAUCUUAGAGGUCCCAGUUGCCCAGGGAAUGCCAGAAGUGACAGAGCCCCUGUUGCAAGAUGAGGCUAUAGCCCUAACAGGUGAACAAGACUCCAAAGAGCUUGCCCUGGGCUCAGAGGCUGCUACCAGAGAUGGACUGGAGCAGGAAGUGAUAGGGUUAGGGGAGCCAAAGCAUCUGGCCAGGGAGGAGGCCAUUCACCCAUCCCUGGGGGAGCAAAGUGUGGAGGUAAAGAUAGCUCAGGACUUGGAAGGGCCUGAAAAAGAACCAUUGGAGGCAGGCACUCUGGAGUCAGAGAUCUUUGAAUUGCCCAAGACUAGCAGGGAUAAUCUAGAACCCAAGAGCUUCAAGGAGUCAGAGCCUGCGGUGGGCCGGGGAGUAGAGGAGCCCUCAGUGGAGCCCUCAGACCAUGAGGGCAGUGCUGUCCCUCAGCCCAGGCUCUCAGAGACAGAGGAAGACGAGGGUGCACAGGCUGUACCGGCACUCCCUGGUCCCAAGUUCAUGGAACCUUCUUCAUACAUCCCAGCCCUGGAAGAUGCCUGUGAGCUGCAGCCCCAGGCUGAGGAAAUUCAGGAAGCUGGGUGGCAGCUAGAAGGUGGGUCUGAAGCUCUGAGGAAAGUAGGAGAUGAGCAAGAGUUUGGUCUGGGGGAGACCCCCGAGGGCCUCCAGGAUUGGGAGGAGAGCAGAGAAGAGAGUGAGGCGGAUGAGUUAGGGGAAACUCUCCCAGACUCUACUCCCCUGGGCCUUUACCUGAGGUCCCCUACCUCCCCAAAGUGGGACCUAGCUAGAGAGAAGAGGCUCUCCCCUCAAGGAGAGGCCAGGGAGGAAGGCUGGGAUCCUCCUGUCCUCAGCAACCCACCCGGAGAGGAGGAACAAGGUCCUGACUCUGACCUGUCAUCUGAGGAAUUUGAGGACCUGGGGACUGAGGCCUCUUUUCUUCCAGGGGUUCCCAAGGGGGUGGUAGAUCAUCUGGGCCAGGUUCCUUCAGUAAGGGAGCCUGAAUGCUGGGAUCAGGGAGGGGAGUCUGACGGCUUUGCUGAUGAAGAGGAGAGUGGGGAGGAGGGAGAAGAGCGUGAGGAAGAGGCUGAGUCAGGGGCUCAGUGGUGGGGGCCAGGGCCCUCUGGUGGGGGUUUCAAGGUCCAGGAUAUCACCCAAAGAGGGGACCUCCUGGAACAGGGAUCUGUGGGUGUCAGUGGUCCUUGGGAUGAUGGCUUGAGAGGUGUUGCAGCUAAUAGCUCUGUGACUGCCCUGGACACUGAGUCUCAGGACAGCUCUGAACCUUCUGGGUCAGAGGGGUCUGAGUCUGUUUCCUUGGAGGGAGAGGACCAUUUGGAUGCCCCUCAAGAGGUGACUAGCACGGUCCCAGGGGUUGGAGAUACCCAGAGCCCCAACUCGGAGUUAGAGCACAUGAAUGGGAGGGUGGAGAAUGGAUUAGAGCAGUCUGAGGGGCAGGAAGGUCUGCAUGGGGACCAGGACCAGGGCCGCCUUUUACAGGAACAGGAAGUGGAAGUGGGAGCCCUAAAGGCCCCUUUGGUAGUUUCUCCUGUGCACCUAGGCCCAAGUCAGUCCCUGGAAUUCCCUCUGAGUGGAGUAGAUGGAGAUUCCUGGUCCUCAGAGGAAGACUAGGGAAUGCUUCUCUGGCUCUAAAGACUUAAUGGUAGAGGGAUGUCCUUCCUGAUCUGGGCCAGAACCCUUAGCUUUGAUAGCUCGACCUGUGGUGUCCUGAAGAGGGGGCUGGCUGAGGGAGAUGAGGUCCUGUCAGGGCCUCCUGAAGGCUCAAGCCAGGUGAGCCCCUGUAGUUCUAGGCCGCCUUUCUUCUGCAUCUCACCUGCUGGAAGAAGCCUGGGCUCAGAGCUUUCACAGGGGCUGCUCUGGCCAGGUCUUGUGAGCCCCGCCUGUCUACAGUAGUGCCAUCCCCACAAGGUCAGGCCUGGCCUAUGCCCAGAGGAGCUGAGGGCAGCAAUUAUGACUGACCUUUCACCUCAUUUCAGCCUGCUGAGACUUUUUUCUGCUCUUUCUUUAUUAAAUAAAGUUG